AUGUCGCAGACACUCUCGUCCGUCAUCGCCGCGCUCCUCUUUGCCGUCUGCGCAUCGCUCACCGUCCCGGUCCAAGCGCAGAACAUCAACAACAAUGUCGCAACAAUGACCCGCAACCUGACGGGGACAUGGUCCACGGGCAGCGGAGCCGUCCUCACCGGCGUGAACUUCUACAACCCCGUCGACCGAUCCUUUACCCUUCCUCUGACGGCGGGCGAGAGCUACAGCUUCACCUCGGACGGCUUCUGGGAGCAGGCGAGCGUAAAGUGGAUCUCGAACCCCUCGGAGCCCGACUGCCCCACCCUUCACGCCAUCUGGCAGCACGGCACCUACCAGAUCUACCCGAGCAACAACACCGUCCACCUCGAGCCCUUCUGGGGAGACGGGCACCAGUACAUGUCGGCCUACUGCUCGACGCCCAACUCGCAGAAGCUGGCCAGCUCCGGGCCCAGCACGCUCGGAACCUGGAUGGGCGUCAGCGACAAGUCGGACGGUACACUCGCAGCCUACAACCAGAUGGAGGAGUUCCGGCUGCCCACGUUUGACAUCGACUUGCACUACGGCGUGCCCUUUGACGUCCUCUUCCUCCAGAUCCCCAGCGGCAAGCGCAAAAACCGGCUGUACAAGUACCUCGACCCGCCCCAGAUGCUGCCCACCGAACAACUCCACGUCGAGGUCUACGGAGCCAUGUAG